AUGCGCUUCUUCCUCGCUGCUCUUGCUGCUCUCCCAGCCGCGCGCGCCGCGAUCAGCAUCCUCGCGCCUUCCAACUCCGAGUACUGGGUUCAGAACCAGACGAACACCAUUACUUGGAACUACAGCCCGGGUGACCCGAGCCCCAUCGACAUCGUCGUCUCCAACGCCGCGAAUACGACGCUCAACGGCAACUUCACCAUCGCGCAAUAUGUCAACCUCACCGCGCAGAGCUUCACGGUGACGAACGUGACUCUCGUCACUGGCGGCAACUACCAGGUGAGCUUCGUCGACCCCGCGAACGCGACCAUCAUCUACGCGACGAGCGGUACCUUCUCCGUCGACUCCCCGGGCACCUCCCCUGCGCCGUCCGUCUCCCCGUCCAGCGCGAGCUCCUCCGCGUCUGGCUCCGCUAGCGGGUCCGCCGCAAGCAGCACCUCGCCCUCGUCCUCGGGCAGCGGCGCGAGCACGACCAACUCCGCGAGCGCCGCCCCCGCCCAGUUCGCCAUGUCCGCCGGCGGCGUCAUGGGCGUGAUCGCCGCGUGCGGUGUCGCCUCGCUCUCUGCGCUCCUCCUGUGA